CGGCGGCGGCAGCGCUGUGAGCGGGGUGCGCGGCAGGCGGACGUGCGCUCGCUCCUCCUCCCCUCGCCACCUCUAUGUUGUGGCCGCUGCCACGGGCCGGAGCCCCGGAGCUUCUCUGAGGGAACAGCGCGAGCCGCCGCCUCUCGAGGCCGCUCGGCCGCUGUCGGGCGCGGAGCGGUGCCGUGCCGUGCCGCUCAGGUGGAGCCGCUGCCGGCCGUUCCCGUCCGUUCGGCAGGAGACGCUGAGGCUGCUGAGGGCAGGGGCCGCGCGGCUCUUCCCCGCUCAGCGGUGGCUGCGGCUCGAGUCUCCAUGUCGGACAACCAGAGCUGGAACUCCUCCGGCUCCGAGGAGGACCCCGAGACCGAGCUCGGGCUGCCUGUUGAGCUCUGCGGGGUGCUCAGCAAGUGGACCAACUACAUUCAUGGGUGGCAGGAUCGGUGGGUGGUUCUGAAAGCCAACACACUCAGUUAUUACAAGUCUGAAGAUGAAACAGAAUAUGGCUGCAGAGGCUCUAUCUGUCUGAGUAAAGCUGUGAUUACACCCCAUGACUUUGAUGAAUGCAGAUUUGAUAUUAGUGUAAAUGAUAGCGUUUGGUACCUUCGAGCUCAGGACCCAGACCACAGACAACAGUGGGUAGAUGCAAUAGAACAACACAAGACUGAAUCUGGCUAUGGAUCAGAAUCAAGUUUACGCCGCCAUGGCUCCAUGGUAUCUCUUGUUUCUGGAGCAAGUGGAUAUUCUGCAACAUCCACCUCUUCGUUCAAGAAGGGCCAUAGCUUACGUGAGAAGCUUGCAGAAAUGGAAACCUUUAGAGACAUCUUGUGUAGACAAGUUGAUACUUUACAGAAAUAUUUUGAUGCCUGUGCAGAUGCAGUGUCCAAAGAUGAACUCCAGAGGGAUAAAGUGGUAGAAGAUGAUGAAGAUGAUUUCCCUACAAUGCGUUCUGAUGGGGAUUUUUUACAUAACAGUAACAGCAGUAGGGAAAAAUUAUUUCCACAUGUGACACCCAAAGGAAUUAAUGGCAUAGACUUUAAAGGAGAAGCUAUAACUUUCAAAGCAACAACUGCUGGAAUCCUUGCUACACUAUCUCACUGCAUUGAACUCAUGGUAAAACGUGAAGAGAGCUGGCAAAAAAGGCUAGAUAAGGAGGUAGAAAAAAGGAGAAGAACAGAAGAAGCGUAUAAAAAUGCUGUAACAGAACUGAAGAAAAAGUCCCAUUUUGGAGGGCCAGACUAUGAGGAGGGUCCUAAUAGUCUGAUUAAUGAAGAAGAAUUCUUUGAUGCUGUUGAAGCUGCUCUUGAUAGACAGGAUAAAAUGGAAGAACAGUCUCAAAGUGAAAAGGUCAGAUUGCACUGGCCAACAUCCUUACCUUCUGGAGAUGCAUAUUCUGCUGUGGGGACUCAUCGAUUUGUCCAAAAGCCCUAUAGUCGCUCUUCCUCCAUGUCUUCCAUUGAUCUAGUCAGUGCCUCUGAUGAUGUUCACAGAUUCAGCGCCCAGGUGGAAGAGAUGGUACAAAACCAUAUGACUUAUUCCUUACAAGAUGUAGGAGGAGAUGCCAAUUGGCAGCUAGUGGUUGAAGAAGGAGAAAUGAAGGUAUACAGAAGAGAGGUGGAAGAAAACGGGAUAGUUUUGGAUCCUUUGAAGGCAACACAUGCUGUUAAAGGGGUAACAGGACAUGAAGUUUGCCACUACUUCUGGAAUGUUGAUGUUCGCAAUGACUGGGAAACAACAAUUGAAAACUUCCAUGUUGUGGAAAAUUUAGCUGAUAAUGCAAUCAUCAUUUACCAGACGCAUAAGAGAGUGUGGCCAGCUUCUCAAAGGGACGUGCUGUAUCUGUCUGCUAUCAGAAAGAUACCAGCAUUCAGUGAAAAUGACCCUGAAACGUGGAUUGUGUGCAAUUUCUCUGUGGAACAUGACAGUGCUCCUCUGAACAAUCGCUGUGUCCGUGCCAAAAUAAAUAUCGCUAUGAUAUGUCAGACAUUAGUAAGUCCACCAGAGGGGAACAAAGAAAUAAGCAGAGACAAUAUUCUAUGCAAGAUUACAUAUGUAGCUAAUGUCAACCCAGGAGGGUGGGCACCAGCAUCUGUGUUACGGGCAGUGGCAAAACGAGAAUAUCCCAAAUUCCUGAAGCGUUUUACGUCAUACGUGCAAGAGAAAACAGCUGGAAAACCUAUUUUAUUCUAGUAUUAGCAGUGAUCAGAACAAGACUGGGUGAGCAUUCCACGUUGGAGAAGUGACCAUACAUAGAGCGCUCCAUGCUGGAACGAAGGAUCUACAGUCUUCUUAUGGCCCAAAUUCUAGGCUUUGUAUACUGAAGUGAAGAAAUGUUGCAACACCUUGAGGUUGAAUAUUUAACACUAGCUCUCUCUCCUGCUAACUUCUCUUGCUGAAUCAGUGUGUAAUUAUAAAUACAUGUAUUGAUAACAUGUAUAUGGCUCUAUUUUUAUUUGCUUACUUUAGAAGGGGAAGAACGUACAACCUUGAAUCACCGACGUGGGUUACUGCUUUAAUUUUAAACAACUUGCAGGAUUUCACUGUCAGCCUUCCUCAGAUAAUGGCGUAGUUUUUGUGCAUGUCUAAAAAGCACAAAAGACAAAUGCACAUAUAGCAUACUGUAUGUGCUUUGUAUGCACAAAAAUCUGUGGUAUUUUGGGGGAGGAUGAAGGGAGGAGUUCAGUAAAGCCUAGUGACUUACUGGCAGGUCUUGUUUUGCUUUGUAUAAUCAUAGUUCAUUGCUGCUGGUUUCUAUAAUGAAUCAUCUUGUUACAUAAAAUGUCAGUUAAUAACUGAGGGCUGUCAAUAUCCUUAUGGCUUUGCCUUUUCUAUUGUCUUACUCUUAUGAAGAUCUUUAUUUCUGAAGGAGUAAGAGUGUGAAAAGCUUUAUUUUUUUUCCAGAUAUCUUUAUAUUUCUAUUGUAUUUUUUAGUUAUGUAAUGUGCUACAGAAUUUUUUGUUAUUAAACGUGAUCCGGAAAUUUCUGGAAAGAUUCUUUAUGGAAGGGCAAGAGACUGUCUGAAAGCUAAAAGUCAUCUGUCUGUGCUACACGUGGUCUGCUUUCCUGCAUGAUGUCUAGAGGGCUUUUCUGAAGCUGUGAGAAGGUACACUAUAAUAUUUAUUGAAGUAACUUGGACUACAUAGGACAACAUUCCCGAUCUAGAAUGAGGAUGAGUAUAUUAUUUUCAAAUCCUGCAUGUGUUUUCCUCAUCUUACUAAAGCCAUGCUAUGAGGUUCAUGUAGAAAACUAGUUGCAUUGAUACCUGCCACUUGAUCAAAAACCUGUCAGAACUAUGACAAUGCAUUGAUCUUCUUGGAAAGUUCCCUUUAGUUGCUGUGAAAUUGUAAAUGUCAGAUACUUGCCUGCCUUAGAUUCUGGGGAUGCUCAUUGGGCGAGAACUCUCACAGACUGGUACUCACUUUGAGUUAUUUAAUCCACGUCCUGUAGCUGGACAGUAGGCAGAGGGCUGCUGGGUGUUUCAUUGACGUGUAUAUCUCAAGAAGA